GCAUGUGUCAGCGCCAUCAACCAUUGUUUCAGAGGUCUCUUUGAGACUGGGACAUUGAUUUGAUACUUGGCAGUGCCUUGCUGCAUUAAGUUUUGGAUCUUUUCCUUGGGCAAGGCAGAUGGACCUACAGCUCUAUUUUGGAGACCACACAGAGUGGCGAUUUCACACGAAGCUCCUGGAAAGUGCAUUUUGGAGUACUGAGGCAGCGAGUCUGUUGAGAAGGAUGGCGGAAGGAAUCCUACGGGCUGUGUCAAACUGGCUUGUCCAGUCUCCUGACUCCAGGGUCAGUCAGGUCCUACAGCUGAGUGGCUCUAAGCCACCAGGUUCAAGGAAGGCCAAGGGAUGCUGAUCCUGCUUCUUCAUGCGGUGGUUUUCAGCCUGCCCUGCACCCGGGCCACCGAGGCCUGUCUGCGGGCCUGCCCUGCGGCCUGCACCUGCAGCAACGUGGAGCGUGGCUGCUCAGUGCGCUGUGACCGUGCGGGGCUCCAGCGGGUGCCCACUGAGUUUCCGUGCGAGGCGGCCUCCAUCGAUCUGGACCGGAAUGGCCUGCGCAUCCUGGGCGAGCGGGCCUUUGGCACGCUGCCGUCGUUGCGCCGCCUGUCGCUGCGCCACAACAACCUGUCCUUCAUCACGCCCGGCGCCUUCAAGGGUCUGCCACGGUUGGCCGACACUAUGCUCUCCUGGGCCGCUUUCCAGCCAGGCUUCUUCCUGGGCCGCCUCUUCCUUUUCCGCAAUCCUUGGCGCUGCGACUGCCAACUGGAGUGGCUGCGCGAUUGGAUGGAGGGCUCUGGGCGUGUAGCUGAUGUGGCGUGCGCCUCCCCAGGCUCUGUGGCUGGCCAGGACCUUAGCCAGGUGGUCUUUGAGCGCUCCUCUGAUGGCCUCUGCAUGGACCCCGAUGAGCUGAACUUCACCACGUCCAGUCCAGGCCUGAGUCCAGAGCCAGUGGCCACCACUGUGAGCAGGUUCAGCAGCCUCCUCUCCAAGCUGCUGGCCCCAAGGGCCCCUGUGGAGGAGGUAACCAACACCACUUGGGAGCUGGUCAACGUUUCGUUGAACGAUAGCUUUCGGUCCCAUGGAGUGAUGGUCUUCUGCUACAAGGCCACGUUUCUCUUCACCUCUUGCCUCUUGCACAGCCUGGCCCAGUAUGUGGUGUUGGGCCUGCAGAGGGACUGACUGCCACACUGAAGUGACCCAAACCACUUUGGCAAAAAGGGGGAAGGUUUGCUUGACUGCCAUGAGAAGUGUUUGUAGUAACUGGAGAGGGAAUAGGAAUGGGAUUGGUAGUUAAAGUUCUUGCUGAGGGUGGAAGAAACAGUUUGUCACCCAAGAUAGCCCUAGGCAGAGAGCUCUAGGAAAUACCACUCGAGUGGGUAUAAAUUUCUGCCUUUCUUACAUGGGCAUCCAUUGAAAAAGAGAAGAAUGAAUAUGAGUCCUUUGGAGGGUAGAUGAGAAGUGGAAGUUCCUGGGAAAUACUCUCCCACCUCCAGGCAACAGGGCCCACAGGCCUAAAUUAAAGUAGGACUCAAUUGGCUAAGUACUAAGAACUCUCCUUCCUCAGUAGCCAUAAACGCAAUCCCUGUCUUUUCUAACAUGACACUUCUCCCUCCCUUUAUCCCCAGGGGCUUGGGGACAACAAAGUUCAGGAAGGUGGACAGGGCAUUAGAGAAAGGGCAUGGGAAAAAGACUUAGAUCCAAGGUAGGUAGGUGGUUGUUGCUAAGGUCUGAGGUGUGCGUUAAAAGAGGCAUUUAAAACAAAGAUUCAUUUCUUUUAUGCCACAAUUGAUCCCGCAGUAUAGUCACUGUCAGACUUAUUUAAUGUGUGUGUUUGUGGACCACAUUUUAUAAAACGCUAAAGUUAAAGUUAAACUAGUUUCUCUAAGCCUUUUCAGAUUCUUUUAAAUGCUAUUGUGAGUUUCUAAUGUAUUGUGAAUGUCCAAGGAAGCACAAAAUCCUCUUUUCUUAGUAUUUCUUUUUGUGGGAAGAGUGUCUGUUCCCACAAAAUGCUUUGUUAGCAGGGCACAGCAUCUCCAGCUGGGAUGGUUCCAUUAGGGAUGGAAAUUAUUGUGAGCUGCUUGAAUGGAGACUAACAGUCAAGAGAGAAGAAAGCAGCAAGGACCUGUGAAGGGGACUCAGGUUUCCCAGGGUAUUCCCACUGUAUUCCCUAGGGCAAAGGUCUACCAGCAUGCACAUGAAGUUCAGGGGGGCUCUGAGUGUGGAGUGUGUGAAGGUACAGAUGCCAAGUCUCACCCAGGACCCCUGACACACCAGCUUUUCUCAUGGUGAUGUGGAAAAGAACAGAGGUUGACUGUUUUGUCAACUUCAGAAUCAGCAGCUCUUUAGGCCCUGGCCAUGAGGGUAACUGUUCGAAGGUUGCCUUUUAAAUGUUGUCCCCUGGGCUAGGGGCUGUGGGUCAGUUUUAUAGUGCUUGCCUGAAAUGGGUGAGGCCCUGGCUUCUAUACUCAUUAUGGAAGAAAACAAAAAACUAGCCAGGCACCCUCCCAUUGUUGGCAGUAGAACCAGCCUGAGCUGAUCAUAAAAGGUACAGGUUCCUAAUGGGCCAUCAGUGAUCAGGCCAAUGAACAUGCAGUGUGUCUGCAAAGUAGAUGCUUGGUAAGUCUCAACACUGUGAGCAGUGACAGCUGUAUUUGUCUAUGUCCUGGAAAUAAAUGUACAGUCUUCGUGUACUGAGUUCCUUUCUUUGUAUAUAGAGAGGUGAGUUUUCAAAACCCACACAGAUUAGGGUAGGCCAAGAUGUCAAUGGCAACAGUACUUUUAAAAAAAUUUGAUUAUUUUUAUUCUUUGAUAACUUCAUACAUUCUUUGUGUGUGUUUGUAUGUGACAGGUUCUCACUAUAUAGCUGACCUUUAACUAUAUAACAUGAUCCUAUUCACUCAGCCUCUCAGUUGCUAGGAUUACAAUGGUUUCUAGUGCACACACACACAAACACACACACACACACACGCACACACAAUUAGAAAUAAAUCUUUAAAAGCAAGUACAAGGCACGAGGGAUUUAAAGAUAUAGGUCAGUGAUACUGUAUAGCAUGUACAAGGUCCUGUGUUCUAUCCUCAGCACACAACCAUAGAAAAAACCCCAAAUCCAAGAUCAACACUGUGUUGUGAAAUGGGUAAUUUGCAUGUGCUUUUUCAAAUUGUAUGUAUCUGUGUAUACUAUGUUGCUACAAUUUAUAUUUAAUGGUGGUGUUAUAGUUUAAAAAUGUGAAAGCUGCUGCUCUGGUGUAUGCACUUGUUUUGGUUUAACUUUUAAAAUUACUUAUUGUAGAGGCACUCUCAUGCCCAUGGCAUGAUGUGGGUGGAGGUCAGAGAAUAGCUGUGGAAGUCUGCUCUCUCCUUCAACCAUGUGAGUCCUAGAGAUUGAACACACAUGGUUAGGCUUGGUGGCAAGCAUCUUUACCUGCUGAGUCAUCUCACUGGCUCUUGAGCAUGUAUGCUUUUUUGUAGUGGGGGGAACCCUUUAAUGAUUUUAAUAUCACGUACUUGUUCUUUUGAAGUAUAAAGUGUCUUAACUGGAUUACGAUUACAGAUCAUUUUUAGAUACACCAUUGCUACUGUAUUCAGUUAUUUAUACUAUGUAUAUCUAAUAUUCAAAGAAAUUUACUAGUAAAUGCUACAAUAAG